AUUGAUAGCAUCCACAAGCAACGUGAAAUGAAUGCCGUUUUUCACUUUCUUUCCAAACUGCCACUAGUUCAGUGCUGCAGACAGAGAGAGAGAGAGAGACACAGCUUUUGUUGUUGUUAGUUGAGCUGCACUGACAUUGCCAUGGAACAUAAACUACCACCGACAGCAACAACUGAAGGACAACCUAUCCGCUGUAAAGCGGCGGUUGCAAGAAAAGCUGGUGAGCCACUGGUGAUUGAGGAGAUCAUUGUGGCGCCACCACUGUCUCGUGAGGUUCGGAUUCAUAUUAUAUGCACCUCCCUCUGCCAUGUUGAUCUCACUUUUUGGAAGAUGCAGGACCCUCCUGGCUUUUUCCCAAGAAUUCUGGGUCAUGAGGCAGUUGGGGUUGUGGAAAGUGUAGGGGAGGGUGUAACUGAAGUUACAAAAGGAGAUGUGGUUGUUCCAAUUUUCCUACCAGAUUGUGGGGAGUGUGUAGAUUGCAAAUCAACCAAGAGCAACCUUUGUUCUAAUUUCACUUUUGAGGUGUCUCCCUGGUUGCUUAGACACGGUGCCACUAGAUUCACUGACCUUAAUGGAGAGAUCAUAUACCAUUUCAUGUUUGUUUCAAGUCUCAGUGAAUACACUGUGGUUGACAUUGCCAAUGUGACCAAGAUUGACCCUGAAAUUCCUCCUGAAAGGGCAUGCCUUCUCACUUGCGGUAUAGGUGCAGGGGUAGGUGCAGCAUGGAGAACAGCAGAUGUGGAGCCAGGGUCUACAGUGGCUAUUUUUGGGCUGGGGUCUAUUGGAUUAGCAGUUGCUGAGGGAGCUAGACUUUGUGGAGCAACUAGGAUUAUAGGUGUAGAUGUCAGCCCAGAUAAAUUUGAAACUGGAAAGAAGUUUGGAGUCACAGACUUUGUCAAUGCUGGAGAAAGUGGGAACAAACCUGUGAGCCAGGUUAUAAUAGAGAUGACUGGUGGGGGAGCAGAUUAUUGCUUUGAAUGUGUUGGUAUGGCCUCAUCGGUGCAUGAAGCAUUUGCCUCUUGUAGAAAGGGUUGGGGAAAAACAAUUGUUUUAGGAAAGGACAAGCCAGGAGCCAGGUUGAGCCUCAGUUCUAGUGAGGUUCUUCAUGAUGGAAAGAGCCUCAGGGGAAACUUAUUUGGAGGACUCAAACCUAAGUCUCAUGUAUCCAUUCUCCUCAAACGUUACAUGGACAAGGAACUGCAGUUGGAUAAAUUUGUCACUCAUGAGAUGGACUUUAAGGACAUCAACAAAGCUUUUGAUUUAUUGAGUAAAGGACAGUGUCUUCGAAGUGUGAUUUGGAUGAACAAAUGAAGAUUCUAUUUUUAUUGCACUGCAAAUGCACUUGAAGCCCCAGUAAAGUAAUUAACUGGGGAGACAAUGGUGUUCUUUGAUGCUCCAAAGUGUCUUAGUCUGUAUACUCCAGAAACAGCACCAUUUGGUAUUUCCCAUUC